AUGAACACGACUUGCACUAGGAUCACUCUGCCCGCCAGCAUCUUCCGUCCCCGCCUCAUCACUCCACAUCCCCAAAGUACCACCACGAAGGCGGCGACCUCCAAGUCACGGCCACUGAUAGACGGGUUCACACGACGACUGAGAGCCCAGCGAACACGGGUGUGUGCGUGGCUGGAGCGCGGCGGUGUCUUCGACAGCGCUCUAAUGCCGCAGCCCCGACCCCGUGCUCUUCUGCAAGACCGCCUACGCUGCGUCGUCCCUGCCAGUACUAAUGGCAACGGCGACAACGCCUCUCGAUGGGGCCCAGCGCCCCACGCCUGCAGUCCCAGCUGGGCUGACUUCGACGAUCCGCGCGCCGUUACUUUCAAGUGGAUUGGAACCGAUGGCAAGUCAAUCUCUGUCCACCCUUAUCCACUUUUGCCUCCAUCACAGUAA